AUGAGGAGCAACUCGUCAAUCACCUCCUACGGGGCCUCGCUCUACCGUGACAUCCGCAAGGCGUUCGGGGUCAGCGACGACGCGUUCCUGGCGUCCUUGGGGAUCAAGCAAGUGAUCGGGGGGCUGCUUCUGGGGGACAUGAGAAACGUGGCGGAGAGGGUGAGCGAGGGGAGGAGCGGAAGUCUCUUCUACUACUCCCACGACGGGAAGUUCAUGGUGAAGACGGUGAGCAGGGAGGAAGGGGAUGCGAUGCGUUCGAUGCUGCCAGCGUACUACGAGUACGUGAAGGAGAACCCAAACACGCUCCUGAUGCGCAUCCUCGGCCAGUUCGACCUAGUGCACGAAGGGAUCAGGUACCACCUGGUCGUCCUCGCCAACGUCUUCAACACCAGCCUGCCCAUCCACGAACGGUUUGACCUCAAGGGCAGCACGUUCAAGAGGACGGUG